CUGCGUGGGGAAGCUUCCAGUCGAGUCGAGCAGAAACGAAACGUUUUCCUUGACUUUGUCUUUGAGGGUGGUUUCUCUGGGGGUCAAGUGGGAGAGGUACAUUCUGGAGAGGCAAGCAUCCUUCUCUUUGCACAUGCAACCCUGGGUGCCACAGGGAGUAUCGCCGUAGCGUGGAUUGCGGUGUCCAUGGGGGUCGGGCCUUUGUGUGUGGUUUUCCUUCCGGAGGGCGCUGGGAGAGACUUCCGGAAAGUCUCUCCGGCGAGUCAUGCAAGACCACCUCCACGGCCUUGCCUGAGGGUGCCGUCCUGCGGGUGGGUCCACGGGAGAGCGCGUAGAACAUGCAGGAGGGAGAGGUCCCACCUCCCAGGUGAGGACCGUGUUUGACCUGGUGGGCAUGACGCCCCCUCAUGCCCGCUGGGGGAGGAAGGUUCACGAAGGAGUCGUUGUGUCUGUGGGAAUGACUCUCCUUUUCCCAUUGACUCAGGAAGUCCAGAAACCCAUCUUCGAGCAAGGCUGACUUGACCCUUCAAGGAGAGGGGGCAGAUGGCGGGUGGUCACACCCAGCACGCACCUUCCAGACCCUUGAAAGCCCCAAACGGGAAGAGGCAACGGAGAGCACCCAUGGCGCCCAGGGUUCCCAGGCUAGAGGACGAGGAUCCUCGGCUCAAGUGUAAGGACUGCGGAGCCUUUGGGCACAACGCAUCCAGCACCAGGUGCCCCAUGAAGCGCUGGGACGGGUGCCUGGCCCCCCAGGCCUUUGUCCCCAGGAAGCCGAAGGAGAAUGUGGAACCACGCCAGCAGCAGGACCAGCACAAGCCCGGGCCCUUCAACCAGGCUGCGAGGGACAUGGAAGAGGGACAAAGGUGAGGAUGCGGCCGGCUCCGGCCUGCCCGUGGCCUGGCAGCUCAGGUCGCUGUGUCUCUGUACCCGGACACUGGGUGCUGUGUCGUCUUCAGACACACACAGGGGUGGGGGAGGCAGAGAAAGGAGCUCCCCGCCCCCCAGGGGACCUCACGAGCCUAUUGAGCUGCUCUGGGGGAGUCCCUGAGGCUGUGUGUCCUGCGGUAGGGAGACAGGGGGAGGCGGCAGAUGACAGGCAGUGGCGCACACGGCUCUCAACGCAAGGACGUCUUGGGCCAACCUGGACGGCUCGCUGGAGUGGGAGCCAGGAGGGCAGAUGAAGAAAGGAGAUCUUGCCCAAGCCCCAUCGCUCGCUCCCCAGGUGAAGACACGAGAUGCCGCUCCUUCACCUUCCCGUUCUUGGUCGUGCAGGCGAGAAGCCCAGCAGAGGAAGGCGCUGCUGCAGAGAUUCCCCAGGAUAGGCCCUGGAAGGCAGCAGCGGGCCUGGAGGGACUCCACAGAAUCCUGUGACUA